UCACUCUCUCUUUCUUCUAACUUCAUUCUUUGCUUCUUCUCUCUCUAAAACAUAACCCUCUAAGGGAGAGAGGAUAUGGGGCACCAUUCUUGCUGCAACAAACAGAAGGUGAAGAGAGGGCUGUGGUCACCGGAGGAAGAUGAGAAGCUUGUCAAUUACAUUUCUACUUAUGGCCAUGGCUGUUGGAGCUCUGUCCCUAAGCUUGCUGGCCUACAACGAUGCGGGAAAAGUUGCAGGCUUCGAUGGAUAAAUUAUCUAAGACCCGACCUUAAACGUGGGAGCUUCUCCCCCCAAGAAGCUGCCCUCAUUGUUCAACUUCAUAGCAUUCUUGGCAACAGAUGGGCUCAGAUAGCAAAGCAAUUACCGGGAAGAACAGACAAUGAAGUGAAGAAUUUUUGGAAUUCGAACAUAAAAAAGAAGCUGAUCUCUCAUGAGGUUUCAGCUUUGGCCACCUUUCCUGGCCAUCUCCAAAACCCUAAUGUUUCCAUUAAUAAUGAGGGCUUCUUUAUUCUCAAUGCAAACCCUAAUUUGAUUCUGACCACCUCAGCCCAUCAUGAUCAGCCAUGUCUUCCAACUACAACGAUACAACCUGGUUAUGAUCUCAUUGAUUAUAAGCUUCAGCAAUUCACCAAUCUCAAUCCAAAUGCCAAUUUGGUUCAUUUGCUGCCUUCCUUGUCCCCCUCAACCAACUUUUUACCUCACAGCCCUCCAUUGUGGCAGUCAUUGGGCGGCUACCAUCCCCAAUCGCUCGACUCCGACCAACUAAUGGUUGCAAGCGGAGAGUUUGUCACUCCAACAACGACACUACCUCAAUACGUCGAUGGUUCGAUUUUGCAUCCCGCAAAAUUAUGCGAAGUUGGUGAGGAAAAUCUUUGGUCAUCAAUUCCACAAAUUUCAGCUCCUUUGCAAGAUCUUGACCCAUUUACCAAAUUAUCAAGCUUUCCAAAUGGUUACUACCCACAAGAUCAAUGCUUGGCAGCCAAUCAAAUGGCAAUGGAGCAAAUUGACAAGAUAAUGUCAUCGAUCUUGCAGAUCCCGUCGUGCUCCUCGUCGUCGUCAUUGUUGGGUCUAUCGGAAUUAUCGAGCAAUCUAGUUUCGUUAAGCUGGGGAGUGUAGGAUACGUAGGUACAUCAUAGUAUAUGUGUAGGUAAGUAAUAAUUGAAAAAAAAAUGCAAUUAUUUUGGUUUGAUAUGUAUGUUUGAGAAGGUAAGAGGUAGUCCAUAGGGAAAGAACCUAAAAGUUGCUAGUUCAGGUUGUUUACAAAGUAAUGCUUGAUCAAGUACUAUAAAUACAUUGCCUUGUUUCA